AUGAUGCAGAACUCGAACCAGCGCUUUAGCUUUCCUUCAUUCCAGAAGCCUCAGAGCGAAGCUGCCUACCAGCAAGCCCUGAGACAACGCCUUCCAUAUCCUGCCAAGGGAGGAAUGGAAAUCGGUGGCCUGUUGAACGCAAGGAAUGCUGCAGCGGCAGACGCUGAACUCAGACGUCAGAUACAACAAUCAAUGCAAAUGGAAGGCGGCGUCGCCUAUGCCAUGAGCCAGGCGCCAAACAUGGCUCACCACCAACCACACCAUAUGCAAGCACCUGGGAUGCCAUACCUAGGUCAGCCUCAACACAGUCACCAACUCUACGCGCAAAGCUACAUUCCCCGACACGAUGCUCAAACCAUGGUUGACGACAAUUUUGGCGCUAUCAGACAGAAGAACGAGUCAGCGCCAAAGGCAUUUGCGUGUAGCACUUGCCAGAAGGGCUUCGCGCGUCGCAGUGAUCUCGCGCGACAUGAGCGAAUUCACAGCGGCAUCAGACCACAUGCUUGUGAUUUCCCAGGUUGCGGGAAGCAAUUCAUCCAGAGAUCUGCUUUGACUGUCCACAUGCGAGUGCACACCGGCGAGAAGCCUCAUAUGUGCGAGCGAUGUGGCAAGCCAUUUUCCGACUCAAGUUCUUUGGCAAGACACCGCCGAAUUCACUCUGGAAAGCGACCUUAUAAGUGCCCCUAUGCAAACUGCCAGAAGACUUUUACUCGACGAACAACUCUCACACGCCAUCAGAAUCAUCACACAGGCACAAUUGAGCAAGCGGCAGCAGAGACUAAUGCCAAGUUGUCAACCACUCAGGGUCAAAGCCAGUCAAUGUAUGGGUCCGCUUCAGGUUCGUCGAGGCAUUCCACUGCGUCGCCUGCGGAUAGAACGCUAUCGGUUUCUCCCAAUGCUGAACUCCCUCCUGCGACCAAUGGCCUACAGCGACAAAGGUCAGAUUAUGGAUACCUAGGGCAAAAUCACUCGAUUCCUCCGCAUCUGCGGCCGGACUUCCAGCAGAACCCGACCCGUUCGGCGCCCACCAUGAACGUCCAACCCAUUCACACCUUUACGAGCGCCCCCCAACAGCGACCAACCACAGCACGGCCGCAAACGUUUGGUCCUCCUCAGCCUAUGGAACCGCCGGCUAGCGGCACAGGCGGUGGCACAGGCAGCGGCAAUGCUUCUCCUCACAUGGGCAACCUAGGCUGGAACGCGCAAAACCCCGGCACCCUACCCACUUCAGCUGCGAUGGACAACUAUGCUUAUCCUGAUCCCGGAUACGGCGGGCAUCCGCUUUACUAUCCUGGAAGCAGCAUUCGAAGGCCUCAGUCCACGGAACCCGAAGAGUACGGCAUUAGACCUCGCCAACACAUGGGGCAUCACAUGCCUGUUGGCCCGGAUUGGGGUACCAUGCCAAUGGCUGUCCAAGAUAGCCGACAAGAACGUUAUGUGAUGUAA